AUGUUUGACACUUUCAAUGCGGCUAGAACAGCAAUCGUCGAUCAAAACGACAGCAUAUACACCUACGAAACUCGCUAUGAUACAUACCGAAUUCUCGCUAGGUUAUAUCGCUGUCGCUCUCAUGAGCGCUGUGAACAUCGCUUCAAAAUUAAAGAACUUCGAUACCAAGGAGUACCGACGACAUAUCAGCUGGAGGAGUCGGGACAACACGGUGCAACAGGAAUUUCGGUUCAGCGUCGUGGAAUUCACCCUCUGCUCGUGGAGGAGAUUGAUUCGUUGCUUCGGAUGGGAUGGGGGGCCCAACAGCUUCGGUCUACUCUGUUGCACAGAUUUCGGCAUCAGCCUGAAAGACUUCGGCUGAUUCCGACGAGGAAGCAACUGGAAAAUCGGAAAGCGCUUUUAGUCAAAAGUGCAAAUGGCUGGGAGAUCUUAAACCACGCCUCCUUCACAGCGUGGGCGAUUGAUCUCGUAUGUAUGUCAAGAGAACAGUUCAUGUCGGUUACAGACCCGAGAGAUUCUUCCAUGGACGAAAUAAUCGUUCUCGACACGUUCACGGUGUCUGGCGAAGAAGAUGAAGGGACAUCUUUCGGGGUUAUUGUCAGUUCUCGACCUGUCUUCCGUAACAUCGCGAAUUCAGUGCGAGAUCAGGGAAAUGAGCUUGUAUGUGCCUCUGAUGGUACAUUCAAGCUUCAUUUCGGUGGUUGGACUGUUGUGGAUUGUAGAUCCACUGCUGUGACAUGGUCUCGGGGGACGGCUGUGCAUCGGUUAAUCCCCUGGGUGUAUAUGAUUGUUCGAAGUGAAUCGACGGCUGCAUACACUCGGAUGUUCCAGAUCGUUCGCGAAAAAUCCAUGGCAUUCCUCGACAUUGAAGUCAAUGUUGCAUCCGGCAGUCUCGACCACAGCGACUUGCUCAAGAAGAAGACCCUCUUAGUCGAUGCUGAUCUGUUCGCGGAGAUGAUCAAGCCGGACGUGUAUCUACUCAAAUCGUCUCGUACUCAUGCUCAAUUUGUGAAGCUUGCGGUGGUGGUCAUCGAAAAUUGGAUAGCACGUGGAGACGAUGUCUACGCUCAGUGGUUCAAAGAUCUUUAUCUAACGGAGAGGUGGAAUCGUUGGCACAUCAAACGAGCUGCUGUAGGCGGUAUCACUCCGAGCCAACAAGGCAUUGAAUCACACCACUGUGUGAUUAAAAAGACAUGCGUCCCUAGCUCACGAGCAUUUACUACCGGCGUAUUAAACGGCAUCUUACCCCGUAUCAUGAAGGGCGAUGAAGAGAACCUGUGCCUACGCUUUACUGCGAAGGGCCUCUUCCCCCUGAGAUGCUAG